UUGUGUUGCAUUUUUUGGUGACUGGUGUUAUUGUUUUUGUUCACCGAUUUAAUUUAUAGUAAAAACGAUUGAAAUACAUAAGAGCAAUGGAAGAUACAGUAGCUUUAGAUUCAAGCAAGCAAAAAGAAUUUGUAAAAGGGAUUAAAAAGCUUCUAAAGAAAAAGGAUAAAAAUGAUAAAGAAAAUGAAAACAAAGAAAAAACAAAAGGUGGAAAAGUUGUUAAAAAGAAACCAAAAAGAGGAUUGGUUUAUUUGUCCCACAUACCACAUGGUUUUUAUGAGCAUCAAAUGACUGAAUAUUUUAAACAAUUUGGUGUGGUGACAAACGUGAGAGUUAUACGGUCUAAACGUACUGGCAAUUCCAAGGGAUUUGCCUUUGUUGAAUUCAAAGACCCCACUGUAGCAGAAAUUGUUGCGGAAACUAUGAAUAACUAUUUGAUGGGAAAAAGGCUGCUGAAAGCUGAAAUUAUUCCACCUGAGAAGCAGAGGAAAGCCUUAAGAAAGCAUUGGAAUAACAGCAACAAUCCAGGACAAGAAGCAAGGCUUAAAAUGAAAAAAUUGCAAAAUGCACACAAAACAGAAGAAGAGGAAUUAAAAAUUGCAAGAAAACUAUUAGCAGGGGUAAACAAAACUAAAAAGAAGCUAAGUGAAUUAGGAAUAAAUUAUGACUUCUUUACACCUGUUGAUAUGCCAGAGAUUUUAAAAAGUAAUGUUCAGGGUACAGAAACAGUGGAAAAUAAACAACCUUUGAAAACAAAAAAGGAAGACGCUAAGAAUAAAAAGAUUAAAUUGGAAGAAAAAGUAUCCAUUAAGAAUGUUGCAGUUGUUAAGAAAAAGGCAAAAACGGAUGACAAGAAAACUAUCAAGAGUGUUGAGUCUGUACAGAUGAAAAAAGAAAACAGCAUUAAGCCUAAAUCAGAAGUAAAGGAACAAAAGGUGAAGCAGAAAUUGAUAUCUGAUGUUAAAGAGACAAAAAAGAACUUUGUGAAGGUUAAUAAGAAACCACAGGGGUUAACUGUUAAGAGGAAAAAUAAAUGAUUUAAUAAU